GAUAAAAGAACCAUUUUCAAGAGUCUGGAGUGAUACAUAGUGGUUCGUGCACUGGGGACCGACCUGUGAGCCGCUAAAAAUAGGGAAUACUAUCGAAGACACCAUGACAGGUAAACAAGGAGCUGUGCUAUCUGAAACGCUGAAUAUAUCCAAAACGUCCUCUCUCGGUGCUAACGGAGGUAACAGCCUGCACCAACAAUCAAAGAACAGCGCCACGCACCCUCCCAGAUGCACGGGAUUCGGGAUCCAGGAGAUUUUAGGGCUGAAUAAAGACUCUUCGGCGGUCCCGAGGAGCACCCUGCAGUCUCUGCCAUCUGGGGCGCACCUGCUUGCCGCCAGGUCAAUGCUUGGUACCGCUGGUGUCGGAGUUGGGAUGGGAUUAAUCGGGCCUGGAGGGAUUCCGUCGUUCUACAGCCAACCAGCGUUUUUGGAGGUCCUGCAGGAUGCGCAGAACGUUCACUUGCAGCCCCACAAUAGAACUGUGGAACCUCUGGACCACAGCCAGUCCGCCAGUUCGGACUCGGAAGAUUUUUCGUCAAACGAACGAAAACUCUCAAAGAACUCAUUAAGCCAGAGCAAGAAACGGAAGAAAAGACGGCACCGAACCAUAUUUACAUCUUACCAGCUCGAGGAGUUGGAGAAGGCCUUUAACGAAGCCCACUACCCUGAUGUGUAUGCACGGGAGAUGCUGGCUAUGAAAACAGAGCUUCCUGAGGACAGAAUACAGGUCUGGUUCCAGAACCGCAGGGCCAAAUGGAGGAAGAGGGAGAAGUGCUGGGGACGCAGCAGUGUGAUGGCAGAGUAUGGGCUGUAUGGAGCCAUGGUCCGUCACUCCAUCCCCCUACCGGAUUCCAUCCUCAAGUCUGCCAAGGAUGGCAUCAUGGACUCUUGUGCCCCAUGGCUGCUUGUUGAAGAUGGCUUUCCAAUCAGCAGACGCUUUUCUAAAUCCGAAUACCCCCAAUUCUUUACAGGGAUGCACAAAAAGUCCAUGGAGACCACGGUCGUCCAGCCAACAGGGAAGUUCGACAUUCCCCAGCAGCCAGCCAUUCAGAGAGGAGAAAAAUGUGACGUGGAGGAGAAGAGGCUGGAGGGCAAGUCACCCAUCUCCAAAGAGGAACUGAGGGAGAACAGCAUCGCAGCACUCAGGGCAAAAGCACAGGAGCACAGUGCCAAGGUGCUCGGGACUGUUACAUGCGAGAGACCAGAGAGCAAAGUGGAGAGACAGGCAGCAGAGGAAAAAUCUAGUGGGCCUUUGAGUCCAGUGGAAGAGUCCAAGAGUCCAUAGACCCUCACUUUGUAAAGACUUUGCAGUUCUCUUGACUGUUCUCUAAAUAUCUGUAUGGACUCAACUAGAUCUAUCAGUUUUAUUCAGUGUUCCCUGAGGUUUUUACAUGUUGAACUCAUCCUAGAUCUCUAUUAUGCUGUUUUAAAAUGACCUUAUUUAAACCGGUCUUCCUAUUGGAGAGAUAAGAUAACUGAAUUUGUCUCUUAUUGACUAAGAAAAACACCAAUGCACUUUCUGUCUUUCUUACUCCCCGACAUUCAUACAUAUAUUGUUGCUUAUAUAUUGUGAAAACUUGUUUAAUAUGGGGGUUAACACUACAUACAUAUGUAUAUUGCUGACAACCCCUAUAACUAGAAGAUACCCACUUUACAAAUGUCUCUCAUUGAAUAUUCUUAAACUACUCAUUCAGUAUGCAAAGUGCAUACUUGUGUUUGUUAGAAUGAGCCAAUUAGGACAUUUGUUGAUAUAUAAAUAGCCAAUCUUUGAAAGUAUACUGUAUAUUGAAUUCACAGCAUCCAUAAUAUUGAUGCUGACUAUGUUUCUUGUAUAGUCGCUCCCUGAAGACUCAUAUUCAAGAUUUUUCUUUGGGAUGAUGAUGUAUGAAAGGGAAAACAAUUUUCUCUUAAUUAAGAGGAACACAACAAUUAAAAAGUUAUCUUACCUUGUUAUUAUGCUGUAUAUAAUAAAGAUAAAGAAAGAUAGCUCACAAAGGCACUGUUAAAACAUACUUUUAUGUGGUCCUUAAAUGUUUGCGUUUUUGUUUCAUAGUCUGAAUAAUAUGCAAUACAGAGUAUAAUUAGUUUUGUUGAUGAGGUCUGCUGUUGCUUUAGUUAGUGUUUUGCCUAAACACAAAGCCAAGUGGCCAGGUGGACCUGCAAGAGAGAAGCUGUAGCUCAAAUAAUAAUCUACAGUAUAUUCUUCACUAUAUUUGUCUUUUCUCCUGUCCACUACCUGGGCAUACUUAUGCUAUUUCUGUCUUCAGUAAGUAGUAGUAAGUCCUGGACUGCUGUACCAGACAAUGGACGCUCUAAAAACUACCAGAGUUCAAAUCAAAUCAAAUUUUAUUUAUCACACGCGCCGCAUACAAUGGGUGUAAACUUUACCAUGAAAUGCUUGAUUACGAGCCCUUCCCAAAGGUGCAGAGUUCAUGCAAAAAAAUGUAAUACAAAAAUAGUAACAAAAGGGGAAUAAAAUACACAAAGAUGAAGUUAUAUACAGAACCAUACAUUUCUUAGAACUUGGCGAGAGCUUGACAAAAUAAUGUUAUUUCCUUGGUAUUUCAUUACUUUAAAAUA